AUGGCGUGCAAAGAUGCCACGUGCUCGGCAAUGCAGGCAUCCCGGACGGCCCAAGGGAGCCCGGGGGGAAAGGGCUCUCCACUGCCACCACCACAGCAGGAACACCUGAGCCCGAGGCCCUUCUUUGCGCUGUUUCCUCCAUGGAACAACGCGAGGAACCCGGGAAUGCUGUUGUAUGAUAGGACGUGGCCAGCUGGCUUGGGGAGGGCGAGAGCUCGGCCUGGGAACUGGGCCAACAGGAACGGAGAAGAAGCCUUCCCAAAAGGCAGCUCCUCCGAAGGCGGAAGGAGGGCAGGCCGGAGAGAUGGCCGAGAGCCGAAAGCAGAGGAGCCCCCUCUUGCCAGGGAGCAGCCGCUGCACUCCUCUUGGCAAAAGGGGCCGGCUGGGGAUUCCGCAAACGUUGGCAGGCGUGGCCUGGGAAACUACAGCUCUUUGCGCGCGCCGUCUGGGAGGCAGGAGAGGCAGGCCGAGCGCACCCCGGGGCCCUCUGCAGGUUUUCCCCCCGCUGCCCUUCCCGGUGAUGGAUGGCGCACUAUUGCAGACGCUCGGAGUGGCCGAUUUGAAGCUCAAGUCUCCCUCCCGUGGGGGCCUGGGCCGCCACUCUGCCAGGGUGGCCCAGCAGAGCAUCCUUCGGGCACUUUCUCGGCUGGCUGGCGGGAGGGCAGCUCCGGUUCCCCACUCCCGAGCUUUGCGGCGCUCGGAAAAGAGGGGGGGCACGAGUCUGGAGGAGGCCUGGGACGGGGCUGCUUCUCCGCUGCUCCCCUCCCGGCCGCCAGUCGGUCGAGGGUCCCUUUAAGAGACCAGAAACCAGCAGGGCUGGCGCCCGGGACUGAAACUGAUUCAGAGGCUGCCGGGCUCCUCCCGCGGCCACCCCUGUCCUGGCCGCCGAAUGGUUCGCGCCAGCCUCUAUUUAUCGCUGCUCUUCCUCCGCGGCCGCAAGGAUGUGAGACGAGCAGGGACAGCGCAGGAGGUCCGAGCCGAGCCGAGCCGAGCCGAGCCCGAGCCGGGAGCAGCGCAGCCCAGCGGAGCGGAGAGCCGCCGCCGAGCCGGCAAGGCAGGCAGCUCGAGAGCACGGGAGAGCAGCCCAAUCCAACCCAGCCCGGGACGGGAGAGCGACCCAGUGCAGCCCAGCCCGGGACGGGAGAGCAGCCCAGUCCUGUCCCGGAGGACAUUGCCCAGGAGAGCUCCGGAGGGCAGCGCAGCCCAGUCCAGCCCCAGAGGACGGCGCGGUCGAACCCCGGAGGAGAGCACACCCAAGCUGGGCUAGACUCCGAGGUGAGCCCAGCGGAGCCCGCAGGUCCUGCAGAGCGAAGCAGAGCGGAGAGGAGCCGAGCGCAAACAGCUCAGCGCCGCGCCGCCGGGACAACCGGGGUGGGCAGAGAGCACCAUGCCUCCCUCCUGCCCCGAGAGCCGAGCGGAGCGGUGCAGAGCCUCAGUCCAGCGGCCCUGGGCCCUCUUUUGUUCCUGAGGGCCGAGAUGCGGUAA